CAUCCUAUAGCCUAUAUAAGCGGCUGCACUGGGGCUGGCGGCGAUGGAGUAGUUUGUGGAUACGACGGGAGCGCAGGGACGGGAGGGGGGCGGGCAGGCCAGCCGCGGAAUACUCGGACUCCCUGCCGUUCGCGGACUGCUGCCGUCCGGGGAGCGGCUCCCGGGGGAAGACACCUCGGCUUCUAGGACAGAGAUACAGUGAAACAGGAGACCUCACAUAGCAGCGGAUCUUCCACUUCAUCCGCUCAUGCACUCUUCAGGUCGGACUGCAAUGAGUGGGCUCAGGUCUUCUGGGCUGCUGGGGCUGGUACUCUUAAUGCUCUCAGCAGGAUACUGCAAAGAAAAAACGGACUCCACAGAUCUGAAGGACAAGCAAAGUCUCUUAAAUCUCAUCAUGGAGAUCAUUCAGGAACUGAAAAGGUACCACCUGGAGAAGGACAGUGGGAUGCAGUACUUCUCCAAGCAUGACUAUAACUUGGAUCGAAGAGAAGUGGCUGACUACGGAGGAUACCAGGAUGAGCAGAGAGUUGAAAUAGUUCCAAGAGAUCUGAGGAUGAAAGACAAGUUCUUGAAGCAUUUAACAGGUCCACUCUACUUUAGCCCAAAAUGUAGCAAACACUUUCAUCGGCUUUAUCACAAUACAAGGGACUGCACCAUCCCAGCAUACUAUAAAAGAUGUGCCAGGCUUCUUACUCGAUUGGCAGUAAGCCCUAUGUGCAUGGAAGGAUAAAGAUGUUAUUACCGUGACAAGAAACACCAAGAACCAAGAGAAGUGCCUUGGAAACCAACAGGGAAAUAGAACUUACUACCUUUUAGCGAAUUCCAUUGUGAACAAGAGAUUUAUUUUUGCAGAUUGACUACUUCCCAUAAUUCUUUUAACAUGCAUUUUGUAUGUCAUCAACAGUUUGCAGAUUGACGUUCUCUACAGUAGCAUAACUGCCAGUAGUACUUAAUGCUCCAUACUUAAAAACACACUACAAUUGAUGUGUAAUGCUGCCAAAAAUUAUGUAAACACAAAUACUUCACCAAGAAAAUUAAUGUUCUAUUGCUUAAUUCUACAGUUUUAAGGAAUGGUUGUUUGUAUAUCUAGAACUACUAAAGAUCUGCUCCACAGUAGUUGUGGUCACUUGAUAUCCUUCAUGCUUAUACAAUUUUUUUAAAAGUUUGGUUAAAACAGACUUGCAUUGGGGUCACAUUGUACCCUGGAGUACAAAUUGCAUGACAAAUAGGAACGUAAUUCCAAGUAGACAUACUUUUUGGGACAGUGGAGCAUGGAUUUUGUACACAAACACAAGCUGCCAUUAAUUUACUUUAUAUAAUAAAUGUAUAAAACAUUCCAGCGAACGUGCAAUAUGUAAAUAAUGUAAAUAACAAGCGUAAGUAAUAAAGUGUUUGGUAUUAAGUUGUUCUGUUUGCUUUCUGUUCACUGAAUCCAGGUAAACAAACUGCGUUCUGGUAGCUACUAUCAUUUAUCCACACUUAAAACUUCUUUACACAGGAGUUCACUAGUGUAGGAAGGAACGGUGUACUCAUUUCAGAGUGCAGUAACCUGGACACCCUGGAUUUUUGAGGAUGGACAGAUCUCUGUUUCAAACCCACAGAAUGCCCAGACUACAAGGCUGCUCAAAUUCUCUAUGGCAUUCUAAAAUGGAAUAUUUUUUAAGACUAACAGAUGUUCUGAGAUUUUUGUUUGGAGUUUGGGUUGGGGAGGGGCUUUUUGUUUGUUUUUUAAUAAUGUGCAGUCUGUUAAUGAUACUGCAAGGCAAUCUAAUCAGAAAAUAUCCAGUAAAUCAUUAGUAUUGUACAAUUUUUAAGGAAUUAGUGUUACUCCAAAAAUCUUGACACACAUUUCCCUUUUUUUAAAUCAGGUAUUAAAUCCAGUUGUUAUAGUAAAAUUUCUCAAACAAGAAGAAAAUUUAUAUGUGCAAUCUAUAAAUCCGUGUACUGGGUUUGCAUAGCCAGGUUUUGGUAGCAGAGGAGCUACAGGGGUGGCUCCUGUGAGCAGCUGCCAGAAGCGUCCAUGUCCAGCAGAGCCAAUGCCAGACAGCUCCAGGAUGGACGUGCUGGGCCAAUCAGAAAUGGUGGUAACACCUACAGGAUAACACAGCUGAGAAGGGAAAAGUUAUUGCACAGGUGUAAUUGCAGCCAGAGAAGAGCUGGGUGAGAACAUGGGGGGAACAGCCCUGCACACACCAAGGUCAGUGCAGAAGGAGGGACAGGAGAUGCUCCAGGCACCAGAGCUGAGAUUCCCCUCCAGGCAGUGGUGCAGUCCAGGUGAGGCAGCUGUACCCCUGCAGCCCAUGGAGAACCACAGGGAUGCAGAGAUCCACCUGCAGACCCUGGAGAACCACAGGGAUGCAGAGAUCCACCUGCAGCCCAUGGAAAUCCACAGGGAUGCAGAGAUCCACCUGCAGCCCAUGGAGGGGACUCACAGCACAGCAGGUGGAUGCCUGAGAAGAGGUUGUGACUCCUGGGAAGCCCGUGCUGAAGCAGGGUCCUGUCAGGGACCUGCAGACCUGUGGAGAGAGGAGCCACACUGGAGCAGCCUGUUCCCAAGGGACUGCACUCUGUGCAAGAGUGAGCCACUCUGCAGCAGUCUGGGGAGGACUGAUGCCUGUGGGAUGGACUCACGUUGGACAAGUUCAUUGAGAGCUAUUUCCAGUGGGAGGGACACCACAGGACUCCUCUCCCUGAGCAGCAGCAGAAAGAACCUGUGAUGAACUGACCAUAACUCCCAUUCCCACCUCCCUGCACUUCUGGGGGAGGAGGAAGAGCCUGGGAAAGAGGGGUAGGGGAAAGGUGUUUUUAAGGUCUUAUUUUACUUCUAAUUACCCUGCUCUGAUUUUGUUAGUAAUAAUUUCUGUUAAAAUCCCCAGCUCGAGUCUGUUUUGCCCAUGACAGUAUUUGGUGAGUGACCUCUCCCAGUUCUUAUCUCAACCCAUGAACCCUUCCUUUUAUUUUCCUCUCCCUUGUCCAGUUGCAUAGGGGAGCAAGAGAGACUGGUGAGUGCCUGCCAUCCAGCCAGGGCCAGCCUACUACAAUGAACCACAGGUACUUUUAUCUUAAUACUGGCAUUUGUAGUUUCCAUUCCAUCCUCCGUUUGAACCACAAAAUGUAAAACCAAAACCAAACACAAUCCUCCCCAGCCUGAGAACUACAGGAGCUGAGAUUCUGGAAACUGACAUUUCAGAGCCUUUAGCAUCCAACUCUUAAGAAGAAAAAAAACUGGCAGUAGUACAAAAUCCUAUCCUGGAACAUGGCUGAAUUCAGCAUGGGAGAGGUACAUGUUUUUAUUUGCUUGAAAUGACAACUAAAUGCUAAUUUUCAUGUCUCAAUGGAGGUAAUACAUGCCUGCAGAAAACCUGGUUGUAAAGAAAUCAACUUCUACAGGAUUCACUGAAGCCGCUUGUCUACAGUAAGCAUGGGUGGAACUCUGUGCUUCACUGUUGUUCCAUUGACCAGACCACAAGCUAGUAUUUAACAUGGGAGUUUAAAAUACUGUGAAGCUUUCUCUUCCUAGCAGGAUACCUGAAAUCUGGCUAAACAUAAACUUCUAGAAAAUCUCAUUGUAAAAGGGAAAUAGCAACUUAUUUAAGGUUUUAAUCAAUAUAAAUAAUCCCCUAUUAGUUUUUUCUAGUUUUAGCAGAAAUCAGCAUGCUCUGACAGAAAACACACCUAUACUAAAGCUGACUUUUCUUUCAGACUUAACUGUACCACUUAAAAUAUAACAAGCUGUGGGGGUGGGGAGGGAGAAACAGGAGUCAGUUCUGUAUUUUUUCAUUCAAAAAUUACAUUUUUCAUGAGUGGUAUUUUGGAUGUGUGAGCGCUUAGUCAUCUGUAUGAUACACGAUUUGUAUCUUAACGCUGUUCACUGUUUCUCUUUGAACACAAAUAAUGGUUCUGUGCAACUGUCCUUCCCGAAGGCAAUCCCUCUUCUGUAUUCUGUUCUUCUACAAAUUUGUAUAAAAUACCAUGGUGCUCCUUCCCCUCUUCCACAAAAAAACUACUAAUUAUAAAAAUAGAUCAACCAGCUUAUUCCUCCUAGUAGAGGUGGUGAACUAUUAAGUCACUAGACUGCUUGCUGAAGAUCUGUCUCAAGGUUGAAACUUUUAAAAUGUGAACUGAAUUUAACAUGAGUUUUGACUUAGUAUCACUUUACAGGAAGAUUCCUAAGCCUAGUGAAGGUAAACAAUGAUAUUCUCUUAUUUCUUUGUUACCCCAGAAGCUCAAAGAUAAAGAUUUAAGACCUUUCAAUCUUAGCAUUAAUAUGCAGAAAACUAUAUGUAAUUCCUACAUAACCAUGAAUGGGAAAGCACAAUCUCAACCUUAGAUGUUAUUUUACUUUCACUGGAAUAUUUGAAAUGGUCAUUCUGGCAGAGAAUAACAUCAGCUUAUGCCUAAACACUUCCACCUUUGAGGUUAGUGCAUCAAACCACAUUUAGGAUGUUUUGUCCCUAACUGCCCAUCAUUUUCCCCCAUUUAUUUUGUCGAAACAUUAAUAAAGGAAAUCAAAAAUAGUUUUUCCAGAGUCAGUACUUAAUUGGAUCUGAAUUAGUGUAUUGUUGUUUGUCCCUGAAAAGUGAAACCACUAUUAGCUUGCUAGUUUUUUGGAAGUCAAAACUGAUGGUAAUGCACAAAGAUUCUGAUUUCUGUAUUUAAGUAUUCCUUCUACCAUCUGCCUUUUCUAGGCAGGUUCUGAAGUUUUAUGUCUGAUUGAAAUUUUAGCACAAAACAGAAACCUCAUUAACAAAAACACAUCUAUUCUACAUCCAAAGUCUCAAGAAACUUAAUCCCCACUGUGAAGUCUGCAACACACACAGAGUAACACCAGGAUUCCAAUCUCCCCAAGAACAGGAUCUUCUGCUGAAAUCCAUCUCUCCCAGAAGGCUGAACAGGUGACAAGUACAGAGACUACAAGUUUGGAUGGCAGCAAGAGACAAAAGCAAGGCCAAAUAAGAAAACAAAUUUUAUAUGUCCAGUUUUACAGAUAAUGUGGUAAUGCUAGUUCAUACCAAUGCUGAGAAUAUUCAAAACAGGAAAAUCAUCAUGGCAUCGCUUAUAUUACUGAUCUCAGUACAUUUACAUGUCUAAGGCAGACAGGAAGUGUGAUGUUCAGAAAAGCAGGCACAGACUCUUACAAAGCAUUCAAAUUUUGCCCAAGAGCAAAACUGUCUACUUACUGGCCUUCUGCUAACUUCGUAUUGUGUUACAGACAGUCUUUUACACUGAACUAUGCUCUCAAAGAACACUUCUGACAGGCUGUACAUUCUCCUGAGUAAAUCUAGAAAUACUGUCUGACCCUCAUGUAGGAACUAGAAUUACAGCAAAUUUCUCAUCCAUUGUUUGCAUGGACCAGUAUUUUAAUACUGUGAGAUACAAAAUGUGAUUUCACAUUUCAGCUUUUAAGCUGGCAUGUUUUCUCCUCAAAAUAAAUGCUGUGUUACAUGUGCUUGUGUCAGUGUGCUAGGAACUGACCAGAGGAUCAAAGGAAGACUCAGCCAGUUCUAUCAAGCAGCAGAUCUUUUAGUCUAGCAGACUCCACAUGAAACAGCUUCCAUCCAAAGGCUGCCUAAUGACACUGGGAUGACACAUCUAAGUUACACAUCAAUUAUUAUCUCACAGACUACUAUUUAAAGUUGACUGAAAUCAACUCACUGAGGAUGGAAUGACAAGACCUCAGUUCAGUUAGCACUACAUAUAAAGAAGCAAGGUGUUACUUCUGCAGUGCUUGUGAGAAAGCACUGGAAGUGUUUACAGAUAAAUUUAUCCUGAAUUAUAUACUUUAUAACUACAUUGAUGUGU